AUGGGCUCCAUUGACACAGCAGCCACAGAAUUUUGUUUUGAUAUGUACAAAGAGCUGAGAGUCCACCAUGGCAGUGAGAACAUUAUAUUCGGCCCCCUGACCAUCUUUUCAGCCCUGUAUGUCAUCUACAUGGGUGCAAAGGGCAACACUAAGGCUCAGAUGGAGAAGGCUAUUCACCUUGAUAAAAUCGCUGGAUUUGGAGAGUCCGUGGAAUCUCAGUGCGGCACAUCUGCGAGCAUCCAAAAUUCACUUAAAGACAUUCUCUCUGAAAUCAACAAGCCAAGUGACAAUUAUUCACUCAGCCUUGCCAAUAGACUUUACAUUGAGGAGACAUAUCCAGUCCUGCCGGAAUACCUACAAUGUGUUAAAGAACUGUUUAAAGGAGGUGUGGAAAGUGUCAGCUUUCAAACAGCUUAUGAUCAAGUUAGAGAACGCAUCAAUUCCUGGAUUGAAAGUCAGACAAAUGGAGCCAUCAGAAACAUGUUUCUGCCGGGCACUGUUAACUCUCAGUCUGAAAUGGUCCUUGCUAAUGCUGUAUCCUUCAAAGGAAUGUGGGAGAAUGCCUUUAAAGAUGAAGACACUCAAGAAUUGCCUUUCAGAGUAUCUGAACAAGAAAGCAAACCUGUGCAGAUGAUGUAUCAGGUUGGUUCAUUUAGAGUGGCAACACUGGCUGCUGAGAAAGUUAAGAUCCUGGAGCUUCCAUACUCCAGUAGACUGCUGAGCAUGCUCGUGCUCGUGCCUGAUAGCAUCGCCGACAUGGAGCAGCUGGAAGCUAUAAUCAGCCAUGAAAAACUAAACGAGUGGACCAGUCCCAAUGUAAUGGAAAGGAAGACAGUGAAAGUGUACUUCCCUCGCAUGAAACUUGGGGAAAAAUAUAAUCUCACAUCUGCCUUUAUUUCUAUGGGCAUGACUGAUGUGCUCAGCUCUUCAGCCAAUCUGUCUGGCAUCUCUGCAGCACAGAGCCUGAAGAUGUCUGAGGCCAUCCAUGGGGCAUAUUUGGAAAUCUAUGAAGCCGGUAGUGAGACAGGCAGUUCUGCUGGUAUCCAGGUGGAUGCUGCAAGUGCUUUGGAAGAGGUGAGGGUUGACCGCCCAUUUUUAUUCGCUCUCAAACACAUUCCACGCAAUACCAUUCUCCUCUUUGGCAAAUGCAUUUCCCCUUAA